AUGUAUGUAACACGAGCUUUAUCGGAGUACCGGAAAAACCCGUCGGAGCUCAAGAAGCCACCACCUGAAGGACCAAACUCCGGCGUGCUUGUGAUUCAAGACGAAGAAUCGUUGACCACUUGUUGCUUUGGUUUGUGCAACGAAACUCUCUUCAGAGGAUUACCGUUUCCACAAAACGCAGCGUUGACCGUUAUACACAACUACGGUUCGCAUAGAGACAACGUUCGUCGUGAUCCGGCUGUGUUCAUACCUGUUCUUGGUCUUCCUCUAUCUUCUAAUCGUUACUACACUUAUGAACGGUGCGGGUAUUAUUCGAGGGAAUCAUCUACUAGCACUGAAAAAGAGGUGGAGAGAGUAACAUGCUGCUUCUGCAUCAAAUUCAAUCAUGUUCAUAUGUAUAAGAAGCCCCAACCAGAUCCUUAUGAAAUUCACCGGCAAGUUGUGAUCAGAACUACAUCAGCGCCUUCCUGUUCUUACUAUCAUGCAAAGCCCGCUGAUCCUAAUGCUAUACUUCCUGCAUUCCUCAUGAGGAGCUGGACAAUAGAAAACUCGACUUCAACCCUGCGAGACUUUGGUCUCAUAGAUGAUGCCAAAGGUCUAAAUGUGGAGCUACGUUCUACGCUUCCUGGUCUUGAUAUGAGCGUUGUUGUUGGGAAAUGGUAUGUCCCUUUCUUGUUUGUGAAGGAAGGAGACAUAAUAGAUCAAGUGAAGAUAUCAAUGUAUUACAACAUGACCCUUCAGCAAAGAUGGGAAGAGGUUUUCUUCUAUGAGAAUGUUCGCAAUGAAGAUUGUAUUCAGGUUGUCGUUGAUGUGAAUCUUGAAGCUGAAGUGAUUAAAGUAGAGGGACAAAAGAUUAAUAUAGGAACAACAUAUUUGGAUGCUAAAGGGAUUGUUUGGUUCCAAGUUUUUGAUCAUGAAGGAAAAAACAAGAAGAUAGGUUUAAGGUCUAUGAUUGUUGAGAGGAUGGAAAGCGAAGAGGAGAACUUUGGAUGGAAGAAGAUAGAUGGAAACCUAUUGACGGUUAAGAAGUUGGAUCGAUUUGAAUGUGGUUCAUCACAUUGGAAGAGUUAUAAAUGUUAUGUAUUGGUAGAGAGCUUUGAGCUGAAUAGAAUGGAUGGGAGUUUGGUGUUGACAUAUGAGUUUAGACAUGCUGAUAAAUUAAUGAGGACUAUCCAAUACUGA